UCCCCCUCCCCCCAAUUUCCACCGCGGCCAAUUCAUGGACAGGAACUACCCCAGCGCCGGCUUCGGGGACCCGCUCGGCGCCGGGGCGGGAUGGAGUUACGAGAGGUCAGCGAAAGCUAGCUUGGUCUAUGGCAGCUCCAGGACAUCGCACCCCGAGACGGACAUCUUACACCGCCAGGCCUACGCGGCCCCCCACCCACUGCAAAGCUAUGCCACCAACCACCACCCGGCAGGCCUCUCCGGACUCUUCGACACUGGCCUCCAUCACGCGGGCUCAGCAGGGCCCGACGCCUCCGUCAUGAACCUCAUCUCGGCCCUGGAGUCCCGGGGCCCCCAGCCUGGCCCGUCUGCCUCCUCUCUCCUCUCCCAGUUCCGCAGUCCUUCCUGGCAAACAGCCAUGCACACGCCAGGCCCCACGGAGCUCUUCAUCUCGGGCGCCCUGCCGGCUUCCAGCAGCUUCCCGUCCUCCUCCGCCCUGUCGGCUUACCAGCACCCGGCUUCCUUCGGCAGCCGCCCGUUCCCGGUGCCCUCGUCCCUCAGCCUCCAGGAUCCUCCUUUCAGCCCCCCCGCUAACGGGCUCCUGUCCCCCCACGACGUGCUGCACCUGAAGCCCUCCCAGGCACCCACGGUGCCUUCCUCCUUGGGCUUCGAACGCCUGGCAGGGGGCGGCGUCCUGGGGCCUGCUGGCCUUGGCCCAGCCCAGACACCCCCUUACCGCCCUGGACCCCCAGACCCGCCUCCGCCUCCCCGUCACCUCCCAGCUCAGUUCAACCUGCUGGCUUCCUCGUCAGCCGCCGCCGAGCAGCCCUCCCCGCAGCUCUAUAACUUCUCGGGGGCAGCCCCAGGCCCACCGCCCCCUGAGCGGGCCCUGCCCCGCCAGGACACCGUCAUCAAGCACUACCAGCGGCCAGCCAGUGCCCAGCCCCCGCCGCCCCCGCCCCCAGCCCACGCCCUGCAGCACUACCUGAGCUGCGGGGGUAGCUACCCCUCCAUGGGCCACCGGGCCAACCUGGCCUGCAGCCCCCUGGGCGGCGGGGAGCCCUCCCCAGGCGCCGGCGAGCCCACCAAGGCUGGUCCCAGUGCCGCCGCCGCCGCUGGGGCCUCCGGCCGGGCCACGGGCCCCGAGGCUGCUGGAGGAGGUGGGGCUGGAGGCGGUGGUGGCGGUUACCGCCCCAUCAUUCAGUCCCCGGGUUACAAGACCGGCAAAGGUGGCUACGGAGCAGCUGCGGGGGGGGCCACGAGGCCCCCGCCACCCCGCUCUACUGCCACGCCCAAAUGCCAGAGCCUGGGGGGACCAGCAGCGGCCUAUGCCACGGGUAAAACCUCUGGAGCUGGCGGGGCAGGGGGCCAGGCCUAUUCCCCUGGGCAGCCCCAAGGGCUCCUGGGACCCCAGGCCUACGGGCAGGGCUUCGGAGGCGGGCAAGCGCAGGACUUGAGCAAAGGCCCCAGCUACUCAGGAGGUCCCCCGCAGCCUCCCAGCGGCCCCCCACCUCCCGGACUAGCCACGUGUCAGAGCUACUCCCCAGACCAGCUGCAGGGGCAGCUGUAUGGGGUGCAGGGCGAGCCGUACCCCGGGCCAGCUGCCCACUCCCAGGGGCUGCCCACGGCGAGCCCCUCGCUCAGCUACAGCACUGGCCACUCCCCGGCACUCUCGGGCCACGGGGGCGGCUGGGGACCCAGCUCCCUGGGAGGUGGCGGGGAGGCCAGCCCAUCUCACAUCAUCCGCCCUCUCCAGUCCCCGCCUGCCACCGGCCGCCCACCUGGAGUUGGCUCUCCAGGAGCCCCUGGCAAAUACCUGAGCUCAGUCCUGGCGUCAGCGCCGUUCCUGGCACCCCCAGGGGCCGGCAGCUAUGCAGCCGGAGCAGGUGGCUAUAAGGGCAAGGGCGAUGGCUCAGAGCUGCUGGCCGGGCCCGGCGGGCCCCCUGCUGAGCGCACGGAGGAUGAGGAGUUCCUCAUCCAGCACCUCCUGCAGGCACCCAGCCCGCCUCGGACCUCGGGGGCGGACGGCCUGGUGGGCGAGGACGGGUCAGCGGAUGCCGCCAAGGGACUCGGGGGCAGUGGCGGGGCUGGUGGCCCGCCGGGCACGCCCUACGAGUUGGCCAAGGAAGACCCGCAGAGGUACCACCUGCAGAGCGUCAUCCGCACCAGUGCCAGUCUCGACGAGGGGGCCACUGCGGCCCUGGAGUUGGGCCUAGGCAGGCUGAAAGAGAAGAAGAAGGGGCCGGAGCGGGGCGGCGAGACUCCCGAGGGGCUGGCCACCUCCGUUGUCCACUAUGGGGCCGGCGCCAAGGAGCUGGGCGCCUUCCUGCAAAAGAGCCCCCCGCCGCCGCCACCCACAGCCCAGCCGGCCCAGCCCACCCCCCACGGCCUUCUCCUGGAGACCGGGGGCCCUGACCUUCCGCUGGUGCUGCCCCCACCUCCCCCACAGCUGCUCCCCUCGGUCCUCAGCCACGCCCCCAGCCCCGCCCCCAGCGCCCCCAAAGUGGGGGUCCACCUGCUCGAGCCAGCCACCCGAGACGGCGCACCCCAGCCGCCCCCGCCGCCGCCGCCACCGCCUCCGCCACCCAUGCCACUCCAGCUGGAAGCCCACCUCCGCAGCCACGGCUUGGAGCCUGCGGCCCCCAGCCCUCGCCUGCGCCCGGACGAGAGCCUGGAGCCGCCAGGGGCCAUGCAGGAAUUGCUCGGGGCCCUGGAGCCGCUGCCCCCAGGGCCUGGAGACACUGGCGUGGGCCCACCUAACUCCGAGGGCAAGGACCCUGCCGGCGCCUACCGGAGCCCCAGCCCGCAAGGCACCAAGGCGCCCCGCUUCGUGCCACUCACCUCCAUCUGCUUUCCCGACUCCUUGCUCCAGGACGAGGAGCGAAGCUUCUUCCCCACCAUGGAGGAGAUGUUUGGGGGAGGGGCAGCGGACGACUACGGCAAGGCUGGGCCCCCCGAGGACGAGGGUGACCCCAAGGCGGGCGCCGGGCCUCCUCCGGGUCCUCCCGCCUAUGAUCCCUACGGGCCCUACUGCCCAGGUCGGGCGUCCGGAGCCGGGCCGGAGACACCAGGUUUGGGCCUGGACCCCAACAAGCCCCCAGAGCUGCCCUCCACGGUCAACGCGGAGCCGCUGGGCUUGAUCCAGAGCGGGCCCCACCAGGCGGCCCCGCCGCCCCCACCGCCCCCGCCGCCCCCGCCGCCAGCCUCGGAGCCCAAGGGCGGCCUCACCUCGCCUAUCUUCUGCUCCACCAAGCCAAAGAAGCUGCUGAAGACGUCCUCUUUCCACCUGCUGCGCCGCCGCGACCCACCCUUCCAGACGCCCAAGAAGCUGUACGCCCAGGAGUACGAGUUCGAGGCGGAUGAGGACAAAGCCGACGUCCCCGCCGACAUCCGCCUCAACCCCCGGCGCCUGCCGGACCUCGUGUCCAGCUGCCGCUCCCGCCCGGCCCUCUCUCCUCUGGGCGACAUUGACUUCUGCCCACCCAACCCGGGCCCUGACGGCCCCCGGCGCCGGGGCCGCAAGCCCACCAAAGCCAAGCGGGAUGGCCCGCCCCGGCCCCGCGGGAGACCCCGGAUCCGUCCGCUGGAGGUGCCCGCCGCGGCCGGGCCGGCCUCGGCCUCCACGCCCAACGAUGCAGCCAAGAAGCCCCGUGGUCGGGGGCGUGGCCGGGGCAGGAAGGCCGAGGAGGCAGGGGGCGCUCGGUUGGAGCCCUUGAAACCGCUUAAGAUCAAGCUGUCUGUGCCCAAGGCCGGCGAGGUUCUGGGAGCUUCCUCGGGAGACGCCAUGGCGGGCGCCGACCACAACAGCCUGGACUCCAGCCUGACGCGGGAGAAGAUCGAGGCCAAGAUCAAGGAGGUGGAGGAGAAGCAGCCGGAGAUGAAGUCGGGCUUCAUGGCUUCCUUCCUGGAUUUUCUCAAGUCAGGCAAACGCCACCCGCCGCUCUACCAGGCCGGCCUGACGCCCCCGCUCAGCCCCCCCAAGAGCGUGCCAGCCCGGGGCCUGCAGCCCCCGCCGCCCGCCGCCCCCGCUGUGCCACACCCCCAGCCCGCCAGCGCCUUCGGGCUCGGGGGCGCCCUGGAGGCAGCCGAGAGCGAGGGCCUGGGGCUGGGCUGCCCUUCGCCCUGCAAGCGGCUGGACGAGGAGCUGAAACGCAACCUGGAGACCCUGCCCUCCUUCUCCUCGGACGAGGAAGACUCCGUGGCCAAGAACCGGGACCUGCAGGAGAGCAUCUCCUCCGCCAUCUCGGCCCUGGACGACCCGCCCCUCGCUGGGCCCAAGGACACUUCCGCCCCAGACGGACCCCCCUUGGCCAACACAGCUGUGGUCCCGGGGCCACCCCCCCUCCUGGGGCUCCCCAAUGCCAACAGCAACGGCACACCCGAGCCCCCGCUGCUGGAGGAGAAGCCGCCGCCCUCCCCGCCUCCUGCCCAGACGCCUCAGCCUCUGCCCCAGCCCCAGCCUCAACCACAGCCUCAGCCUCAACCUCCGCCGCUGCCGCCGCCGCCGCCUCCCCCGCCGCCGCCGGCCCUGCCCUCGCCGCCCCCGCUGGUGGCCCCCUCGGCCAGCUCCCCGCCCCUGCCGCAGCCGCCGCCGCCACCGCCACCACCGCCGCCGCCAACCUUGCCCUCGCCGCCGCCCGCGCCCCCAGUGCCCCCAGUGCCCCCAGCGCCCCCAGCCCCUCCCGAGGAGCCGGCUGCCCCGUCUCCCGAGGACCCUGAGCCGCCUGACGCGCGGCCCCUGCACCUGGCCAAGAAACAGGAGACAGCGGCCGUGUGCGGGGAGACAGACGAGGAGGCGGGCGAGAGCGGCGGCGAGGGCAUCUUCCGGGAGCGCGACGAGUUCGUCAUCCGCGCCGAGGACAUCCCGUCGCUCAAGCUGGCUUUGCAGACCGGACGGGAGCCCCCGCCCAUCUGGAGAGUACAGAAAGCCCUUCUGCAGAAGUUCACGCCGGAGAUCAAGGACGGCCAGAGGCAGUUCUGUGCCACCAGUAACUAUUUGGGGUACUUUGGGGAUGCAAAAAACCGGUACCAGCGCCUCUAUGUGAAAUUCCUGGAAAAUGUUAACAAGAAAGACUACGUGCGGGUCUGCUCUCGGAAGCCCUGGCACCGGCCGCCAGUGCCAGUCAGACGCUCCGGGCAGGCCAAGGGCCCCCCGCCGGCCGGGGCCAGCGCUGCUCCUCCCCCCAAAGCCCCAGCACCACCCCCCAAGCCUGAGACCCCCGAGAAGGUGACGUCGGAGAAGCCCCCAGAGCAGAUGCCUGAGAUGGCCGUGCCCGAGCCCCCCGCGCCUGAGAAGCCGGCCCCACCGCAGCCACAGCCACCACCCGGGGACAAGGAGAAGGAGAAGGAGAAGGAGAGGGUGACACGCGGGGAGCGGCCGCCGAGGGGUGACCGGGGCACCGGCGGGCGGCAGACGCGGCCUGAGCGGAGCCUCCCCACGGGACAGCCCGCCGCUGCCCGGCUGCCCAAGGCCCGGCCCACCAAGGUCAAGGCUGAGCCGCCGCCUAAGAAGAGGAAGAAGUGGCUGAAGGAGGCGGCGGGCGGAGGCCCGGCGGGCAGCUCCUCGGACUCGGAAUCCUCCCCUGGAGCCCCCAGUGAGGACGAGCGGGCGGUCCCUGGGCGUCUGCUGAAGACCCGGGCAAUGCGGGAGAUGUACCGGAGCUACGUGGAGAUGCUGGUGAGCACGGCGCUCGACCCGGACAUGAUCCAGGCCCUGGAGGACACACACGAUGAACUGUACCUCCCGCCCAUGCGGAAGAUCGACGGCCUCCUGAAUGAGCACAAGAAGAAAGUCCUGAAGCGGCUGUCGCUGAGCCCGGCCCUGCAGGACGCCCUGCACACGUUCCCACAGCUGCAAGUGGAGCAGAGUGGGGAGGGCUCCCCCGAGGAGGGGGCGGUGCGGCUGCGGCCGGCCGGGGAGCCCUACAACCGGAAGACGCUCAGCAAGCUCAAGAGGAGCGGGGUCCGCGCCCAGGAGUUCAAGGUUGAGCUGGAGAAGUCGGGAUACUACACACUCUACCAUUCACUGCACCACUACAAAUACCACACCUUCCUGCGCUGCAGGGACCAGACCCUGGCCAUCGAGGGCGGCGCCGAGGACCUGGGCCAGGAGGAGGUGGUACAGCAGUGUAUGCGGAACCAGCCGUGGCUGGAGCAGCUCUUCGACUCCUUCAGCGACCUGCUGGCCCAAGCACAGGCCCACAGCCGCUGCGGCUGACCCGGCCCCUCCCCGGGGCGCCCCCUCCGCGCACCGAGAAUCCGGACAGAACUGUGUCCGCAGGAGCCCUCCCCUGGGCUCCCGGCACCAGGGGGGCGGGGUGGGGGGUGUCCUCGGUCAGGGUGUGUCCAUGCUGCCCCCUAGGGCAGGGGUCAAAGUUCGACUCCCCCCUCCCCAAGCCCUCUCCACUCCCUCCCCGUUCCUCCCGCUGUUCGGUGUACAGAGAAAUUAUUUAUAUAUAUGUAUAAAUGUCUAUUUAGUAACGGUUCCCCUCUCCCCUUGCCCUGCCCCCCCCUCCACGGCCGCGGCCCCGCCCCCUCCACCUUGUACAUAAUGUACAGGAAAUGUCUAUGUAUGGUUGACGGGGGCGGGGCGGCCUCAGAGAGCUGGGGGACCCCCCCAAGCCCCCUCCACAGGCCAAGAUCUUUGCUAAAGGCCAUUCCCUCCCCAGGGCAUUCGGCGUCGGGCGGGAGGGGGAAAACGCAUCUUGUUAAUUAUUUUUAAUCUUAUUUAUUGUACAUACCUGGGGCGGGGUGGGGGGCAGGGGAGGUGGAGGGGGGAGAAGGGUCCCCGCCCUCUGCCUCUCCCACUCCUUUUCUACGGCGGUUUGUCUGUGUCUGCCCCGGCCCCUCCCCCUGUCGUCUGGAUGUGGUUCUAUUUUUUAUGGGUCUCCUCCCCCCUCCGUGCUCUCCGCCCCCUCCCGCGGACCCCCUCCCCGACACCCUUGGUCUCUUGCUCUUUCUUGGGCUUCUGUACAACUCAACUUGUAUACACUGUGUACACACAACCAGCCAAACGAAAACCCCAUG